GACUGUUCCAGAAGCUCCCCUGUCCCUCAGCAUGCAGUGCGCGCGGGCCUGGGGGCCCCUGCGCCCCCUCCUGACCACCAGGAGCCUCCUCAGAGCCUGGAGCCGAGGCAGGCUGGACCUGAGCGGCAUCUAUCCUCCCAUCGCCACUCCGUUCACCGCCGAGCAGGACGUGGACUACCAGCAGCUGGAGCAAAACCUGCUCAAACACGCCAAGAUACCGUUUAAAGGUUUGGUGGUCCAGGGCUCCAAUGGUGAGUAUCCGUACCUGACAGAGGAGGAGCGAGUAGAGGUGGUGAGGGCGGUCCGACGAUCCCUGCCAGAGGGAAAACUGCUGAUGGCCGGAUCAGGCUGUGAAUCGACGAGAGCAACAGUCGAGCUCACAGGGAAGAUGGCAGCAGCCGGAGCUGACGCUGUCCUCGUGGUCACCCCCUGCUUCUACAAAGGCAAGAUGGACGGCCGCGCUCUCAUUCACCACUUUACAAAGGUGGCAGACAGCAGCCCGGUGCCGGUGGUUCUGUACAGUGUUCCAGCCAACACGGGUCUGGAGCUGCCACUGGAGGCCGUGGUGGAGCUUUCUCAGCACCCCAACAUCCUGGGCCUGAAAGACAGUGGAGGAGAUAUUACACGGAUGGGCUUGAUUGUUCACAAAACCAAGGCGCAGGAUUUCCAGGUUUUGGCAGGCUCAGCAGGGUUUCUAAUGGCUGCCUAUUGUGUUGGUAAGAGGCCAUGA